UGGCGGAACACUUUUCCGGUUCAAGCUGAUAUCCAGAAGAACUUCCUGUUGUGAUCAUGGCGUCUUUGUGGGAUGACUUGGACAGUCUUGUGAAUUCCCCGUCCUCGUUCACAGCACCGACUGGGGACAGAGGAACCAUCAAGCCCAAAGCUAACUUUGAUGCAGGAGAAGAUGCUGCGGCUCUGGAGGAGGCCAUCGAAGGACUCGGCACCAAAGAGAAGACUCUGAUUGACAUUUUGACCCAUCGGAGCAGCGCUCAGAAGCAGCUCAUCUGUGAAGCUUAUCAGGAAGCCACUAGCAGAACGUUGGUGGAGGACCUGAAAGGAGACACCACCGGGGACUUUGAGGAGCUGCUGGUGGCGCUCGCCACCCCUCCUGCAGCGUACGACUGCCAUGAAGUGAUGCGGGCCAUGAGGGGAGCUGGGACAAGCGACAGCGUCUUGAUUGAAAUCUUUGCCUCCAGAUCCAACCAACAAAUCAAAGCUCUCACUGACGUCUAUCUGGAAGAAACGGAGAAGAAGUUGACCCUCGACCUGAAGACGGAAGUUUCCGGAGACUUUUCCACAGCGCUGCUGCUCCUGGCCGAGGGCGAGAGGGACGAGAACACCACAGUAGAUGCGGGGAAAGCAAAAGAAGACGCUGAGACCCUCUACGAUGCCGGGGAGAAGAAGUGGGGCACGGAUGAAUCUAAAUUUGUUGACAUCCUCUGCCAGAGAAGUAUUCCUCAACUGAGACGAACUCUUGUUGAAUACAAGAACAUCAGUGGAAAGACUCUGCAGCAAAGCAUUGAAGGAGAGAUGACGGGGGACCUGGAGGAGCUGCUGGUGGCAAUCGUGAAAUGUGUGAAGAGCGUGCCGGCCUACUUUGCAGAACGCCUGUAUGAGAGCAUGAAGGGUGGUGGAACAGACGAGUCCACUCUGAACCGGAUCAUGGUGAGCCGGUCUGAGAUCGACCUGCUGGACAUCAGAGCAGAGUUCAAGAAGCUCUACGAAUACUCUCUGCACUCUGCCAUCAAGUCGGAUGUGUCGGGCGACCUGGGGGACUGUGUGGAGGCCAUCUGUGGAGGAGACGACGAUUAGAUAACACCCGAGUCCACCUGAAGAAGAAACCUGCACCCUCUUCUGAUUCCCGAGGGGACUAUGAAAAGACUCUGAAGAAACUAUGUGGAGGAAAAGAUGAGUAAUGUCGACAUGUUGCCUUUAUUAGGAAACGACUUCCUGAACUUGCACGUGGACUUUAUUUAUUUGGGGAGGAACCAAAAAAAUAUAUAUAUAUUAAGAAAAAAAGCAAUGUUCCGUAUACCUUUAUUACAUUCAUGCUUUAUUUGUUACUUUUCUUCUGCCUGAUAACUCUCCAAAUAUAGAAGGUGAUAAACAUGGGCGGGACAGUAGCAGAAAGUGACUAUGUGAUAGAAAUAACAAGUUUCUCUAUAAUAUAAGAUAAACAUCAAAUCUGCAUGUUUGUUCACUGUGUGAGAAGGCAUCAUUUAAACAUAAUGAAAUAAAACAUAAUUGAUGGAAAA